UCAACAUCGGAAAUCUUAGAUCGGCUAAUUACUGAAUUUGCCAGCGAGUUGUGAGGUUAUUUCUGGUUCUGAGUACGUAUCAAGAUCGACCAAUCUCGCUUCUUCUCGGCAAUAAAAAAACAGCUGAUAGAAACCGCUGCAACAGUAUGUGAUUUUAAGUUUUUCGAACUUCAGUGGAGACGCGUUUAGUAAAUAUUGUUGAAUGUGGUUCAUAUUGUGAUGGAAUGUGGAAAAAUGGAUAAGUGCUUUGUGUAGAUUUUAGAAAACUAUACGAAUUGUGCGUAUUUACCAAAGAAAGCAAAUACAGUGAUAAAAUGUGUUCUGGAAUUUAGUAUAUUUAUCGAACAUGUAAAUCGCGUGCUAGGGCAUGACACUUGUUGACCGGAUGUACGAGAAUCCCUACCACGCCGGAAAUAACGACAUGGAGUCCUCGCGAUCAAGUCACGGACACAAGAAGCCGUACCGGGCACACCAUCCGCAGGCCCAUCAUCAUCGCCGGGUGCGCGCGCAACGGGAAUCCACUCCACCACCUCCCGAAGUGGACAUUAAUAUAGAGUCAGAGUCAUUUCCCAAUGAACCGGAAGGCAACCCCAACGACCCUUUUGAGCAGCACUUCCUGGCGGCCAGCCUCGCUGCGCCUCCGACUGUAAAACAUGAUAAACAUGAUAAAAUACGGUCAUCUUCGUUUAGAAAUGAUAAAGAAAAACCUGUUGUGACAAAACGUGUUAGUGCCGAUUUGUCGUCGGGUGGUAACUAUUCAAGUUCCCCGAAUCUCCUCUUUCCAAAAGAUGGCGCUCACCAUGAGCAGGGGCGGCUGAACGAGGCGCGGAGCAGUGACGGACCGCUUAGGCGCGUACGGUCAUUCAAGACGACCUCAAAAGGCGUGGUAAACCGCGGCGACUCCUUUCGAAAAAAGAACUCGUCUCGUAACGUGGCUUCCGGUUCCACGAACGGGUUUGACUCUCCGCGUCUGGACGCCUCGCACAGCCAACCGUCCCAGUCGGAUUUCGAGUGCACCGCCUCACCGGAAGAGCCGCCAUCCUCGUACUUUCGGGUGCAGCUGGUAGGCGCGCCCGGAUGCGGAAAGACGUCCAUCACUAAUCAGUUCAUGUCCUCCGACUAUGCGAAUGCCUACGACAGCAUGAAUGCGGAUGACAUUGAAAGAACGGUAACUAUUCAGCUCGACGGUGAAGAGUUCACCCUGGAGUUCAUCGAUGCUCUCCCCUGGGAUCCAACUGUUCAUUUUCAGGACACCGCUGACAGCGACAUUGACGUCACCGCAGACGCGUACGUCGUAGUAUAUUCCGUCAUUGACCGCGUCACGUUCGACGCCGCCGUUCAGAGCCUGUACCGGUUACGUCACGGCCUGGGCUCGGACCGGCCAAUCAUCCUUGUGGGAAACAAAAUAGAUCUCGUCCGCAAACGGAAAGUCAAAAAGGGAGACGUAAAUUCUAUCUCGCGAACGUACGACUGCCUCCAGUUCGAGACGUCUGCCGCGCUCAACCACCACGUAGACGAACUGCUGGUCGCCAUCUUACGGCAGAUCCGCCACAAACUCAACCCGGAAGUGCACCCCUCCCCUGAGGGUCAGACCGAGCUCCUCAUGAAAAAGAGGGACAGUAAGGGAGCGGCUGGAUUCUUGACAAAAUUGUACAGACGCUUGAGUAGAAAGGGUCGAGCGAAGGGAAAAUAGACAUUUUGCAGUUAUUUAUCUCGUUUAAAUAUUGACCAGAAUGACUUCAACUACGAGUGAUAGUGAAACUAGUUGUACUAGGUUCUUUCGCAACUCUUAGACAUACGUGAAUAUUUUAACAUUUAUAGAUUUCAUUGAUAUAGUUAUAAGAAAUAAUAUUUAUAUACAUGUAUUUAAUAUAAUGAACGAUACCAUUUAUUUAUUUCAACUGAUAUAAUAAAGUGUGGAACCCACAUUGAUUUUGAAAAAUAUGUGUAAGUCUAAGAUUUUUGCUUGAGUAACUUAGUAACACUUAAAAAAUAAGGUGUAAGUUUGAAAACCUGUGCCAGGUGUGAAUCUUUCGUCACUGCGUCAAUAACAGCCCGUAGAGCAUCUUUCUUGGAAAACGGGGCUUAAUGCAUAUGCGUAGUGUCGUCCUAGAGGUGCGCAGUCCACAUAAGGUUAUCUGGGACGACACAUUCCGCCUUAACUGGCUUUUCACUAAAAAGAGCAUUCCUGUAAACGAAAAAUACCAUAGAAGCAGAGUGUUGUCCCUGAUGAGCCUGUGAGUACUGGCUAAUUUGGGAUGACACUUUAGACACAUGAAUUAAACCUAGUUUUCCCAGAACGAGGGGCAUAUAUUUCCACAUGUAUAUCUUGUCUUAUGGUUUUGCUGUAUACUUACGGCUUAUACGCACGUGUACAGUAGUUUUUUUAUCUGAGUUAUUUUUCGUGUUUAAGUUCUAAGAUAAGAUUUGUCGAUUGGUGAUAUUUAUUUCCAGUUAAAGUCAAUUAAAAAUAUACUUUUUUAAACAUGUAUUUGUAAGGCCAGAAAAUGUAUAUUACUAAUAUUUCAACUUGAAUUUACCAUCUGGUUUGCUUUACAUGUAAUUUGGAUCAGUUCCCAUUCUAAAAUAAUAACGUUACCACUUAAAUUCUGAUACCUUGAACAAUAAAGAGACAAUUAUAAUUAUUACCAUUAUUAUUAUUAUUAUUAUUAUUAUUAUUAUUAUUAUUAUUAUUAUUAUUAUUAUUAUUAUUACCAUCGUUUUAUUGUUAUUAAUAUUUGCAUAUUUGUACUUAAUUCCAGAAAUAGCAGUAAUUAUUGUGCUUUGAUCAUUUAUAAGUAAUCAUGAACAAUGCAUGAUCGAAAUUGAUGGCAUUUACAGUUUUUCGAUUUCUAAGUAUUGCGUUUAUGAUUAUAAAUUAGGUAUUUCUUACCAUUACCAUUACUUACUUUACUUACUUGCCUUUUCUACUACCUACUACCUACUUAAUUUACUUACCUACUUUGGUUACAUACCAUUUUUACGUUUAAAUAAAUAUCGCACUUCAAAUUUAAGUUAAAAUUAUCAAAGAAGUAAAUUUAACAAGCACCAAACUCAGUGACUAGUUUCUAUUAAGUGUCGUACAAUCUUAGCCCUCUAUUAAAGGAAUGCAUUGCUCCUAAAUCAUUUAGGUUUGUAUUCUUUGCUUUACGUACCACAACAACACCACAACGUCUUCAGAUGAGAGAAAACACAAUAUAAAAGUAAAUUUUCGUUAUUUUCUACUAGAAUACUAAUAAAAUAUGCUAGUUUUCUCCGCUAUAUUUCAUUGAUGUUGUUCAUAGUUUGCAUUAAAUAUUGUUUUAGUUCAAACAUAUUCAGACACGAGAGCUCUGCUCCGCUCACAUUGGCUCUGAUUGAUGUUGCAUGUUAUGAUGUGUUUCAUUGUCAUAUAAUUAUCUAAAAGUA